UGUAUCACAUGAACGUCGUUGCUGUGCGAACAAUCCAUGAAGUAUAAAAACGCAGUGAAUUGACAUAUUGCAUAUCGCUUUGUUGGAGGUUAGAAGAUCUUUUAAUUGAAGAUAUCAAAAUGGGUGUACUUGGAAGAACUACGGAAGCAAUGGAAGUAGAAGUUACAACUACUGAUACUCAAAACGGAGAAGGUGAUUCAGGAGAUAAAAAGGAUAGCGAUCUUGUCAUUAUUCACGAUAUUCGAGAACACACUCGUCAAAUUGAAAAAGCUGUACAAAACAAGGAACCACGCUUUAUCUUACGUGCUUUACGUACUUUACCAAACACACGUCGCAAAUUAAAUCCUAUUGUAUUGAGAGGACUCAUCGGUGGAUUUUAUACUAAGUCAGCAGCAGAACGCGAAGCACUUUUAGUUUGGGUAGACGAGCCAAUGGAAAUAGAUGACAAUCAAACAGCUAUUCAAAGGUUUAGAAGUUCUUCUGCUAUCUUAUUACCAGAAAUUGAUGCUUAUAUUCAUUUACUCGUACUUGUGAGAUUAAUAGAUACUAGAAAAUACAAUGAUGCUGUACAGUGCUCCGAAGCACUCAUGCAAAAGAUCGUAAUGCAGAAUCGAAGGACUAUAGAUCUAAUAGCAGCUAAGUGUUACUUCUAUCACUCGCGUGCUUACGAAUUAACCAAUAAUCUUUCCAAAAUAAGAGGUUUUCUACAUCUCCGAUUACGUACAGCUACUUUGCGUAAUGAUUUUGAAGGCCAAGCUGUCCUUAUUAAUUGUUUAUUACGGAAUUAUCUUCAUUAUAAUUUGUAUGAUCAAGCGGAUAAGCUUGUACUUAAAUCAACUUUUCCUGAAUCUGCGAGUAACAAUGAAUGGGCAAGAUUUCUAUAUUAUUUGGGUAGAAUUAAGGCCGCUAGAUUAGAGUACUCCGCAGCUCAUAAAUAUUUAGUUCAGGCAAUGCGUAAAGCACCGCAGACUACUGCAAUUGGUUUUAGACAAACUGUGCAGAAGUUGGCAGUUACAGUAGAACUUUUAUUAGGAGAUAUACCAGAAAGACAAAUAUUUAGACAGGCUGCUUUACGUCGUGCCCUUGCUCCAUAUUUCCAAUUGACACAAGCUGUUCGUUUAGGAAAUUUACAAAGAUUUGGAGAGGUAUUAGAAAAUUUUGGACCACAAUUUAGAACGGAUCAUACUUUUACAUUGAUUUUAAGAUUAAGGCAUAAUGUUAUUAAAACCGCUAUUCGUUCUAUUGGACUUUCGUAUUCGAGAAUUUCACCUGCCGAUAUUGCACGCAAACUUGGUUUAGAUUCUGGCGUUGAUGCUGAAUUUAUAGUAGCAAAAGCUAUACGUGAUGGAGUAAUAGAAGCUACAUUGGAUCCCGAAAAUGGUUAUAUGCGUAGUAAAGAGACUACUGAUAUUUAUUGUACUAGAGAGCCACUUUUAGCGUUCCAUCAGAGAAUAACGUUUUGUUUAGACUUACAUAAUCAAAGUGUCAAAGCUAUGCGUUAUCCACCCAAAUCUUAUGGGAAGGAUCUUGAAUCUGCGGAAGAACGAAGAGAGAGAGAACAACAGGAUUUAGAAUUAGCAAAAGAAAUGGCAGAAGAAGACGAUGAUGGUUUUCCUUGAAUUAUUUCAUUAUUAUUAAUAAUAUACUUUAAUUGUAUUAUUCAAUCGAUUUGGCAUAUAAAACAAUUUAAAGUUACAUUAUAAUAGAUUAAUACAUGAUGUACAACUGUUUU